AUGAAUGCAGAGCGGCAGACAUAUCCCGAAGAUGACAUGGCAUUGGACCUUGGCGGGCUGCUUCGGACCAUUGGCCGUUCGCUGGGCUGGCUGCUGCCGCUCACUCUGAUUGUUGCCGCUGCCGUUUUCCUGGGGCUGCAAUUCGUUGCUCCGAAAUACAAGAGUGAAGCAAGCGUUCAGAUCGAAAUCACCGACAACACCUUUUCCGGUGCGUCACGUGGCAUCGAAGAGGAAAGGGCGGUGCUCGACCAGGAGGGCGUUGCCAGCCAGGUUCAGUUGCUGAUGUCUGCAGAUCUGGCGCGCCGUGUUGCCAAGAAACUGGAUCUGGCCGCAAUUCCCGAAUUUGAUGCAAACGGCAAUGGUUCCUUGAUCGGAAACCUGCUGACAAGCAUCGGCUUGAAAAGCAACGCGGCUGGCAACAGCGUGGAAGAGCGGGUUCUCAAGCAUUUUUACGAAAAUCUGGAUAUCUUCCAGGUCGAUGGAUCACGCGUGAUUUCCGUAGGUUAUUCCGCACAAAAUCCUGUUCUGGCUGCGAAAGUCGCCAACACGAUCGUGGAUGAAUACCUUUCGCUGCAAUCAAGCGCCAAGCGGCAAUCGACGGAACUGGCGUCGGCCGCGCUCGAGCCGCAGAUUGCCGAAUUGCGCAAGGAAGUCCAGGCUGCAAGGCAGGCGGUGGCAGAUUUUCGCGCACGUGCGGAUCUCCUGAUCGGCGCGGACAACAUUCCUUUGAGCCAGCAGCAGCUUGCCGAAACAAGCAGUGACUAUUCGGCGGCGCAGGCGUCGAAAGCGGAGUCGCAGGCCAAGGCGGCUCUGCUGCGGGAACUGUUGAACUCGGGCGGGUCGCUGGAAACAGCCAGUGACGUUCUCAAUUCCACGCUGAUUCAGCGGCUUCGGGAGCGCCAGGUCGAGAUCCAGUCGAAUAUUGCAGAAUUGUCGAUCACCUUGUUGCCGAACCAUCCGCAAUUGCGGUCGUUGCAAUCGCAGUUGGCGGACUACGACCGGCAGAUCCGGUCGGAAGCCAGCAAGAUCUUGCAGGGACUGGAGAGCGACGCGAAGGUUGCCAAUCAGCAGGCACUUGCCCUGGAAGCGCGACUUGACGAGCUGAAGGUUGCUGCGGCCAGAAGCAAUGCAGAUCAGGCCCGAUUGAGCGAACUGGAGCGCGAAGCAAAUGCAAAGGCCGCCCAGCUUGAUCAGCUCAUGUUGAGCUUUCAGGAAGCGGAUUCGCGUCUGCGAGCACAGGUUCUGCCUGCUGAUGCGAGGAUAAUUUCCCGGGCGAGCGUUCCUUUGGAACCCUAUUCUCCCAAAAUCAUCCCGAGCACGAUCAUCGCAGCUCUUGCGACCUUCAUUCUCGGAUGUGCCUUUGUCCUUAUGCGCGCAUUCCUGUCCGGCGAGGCACUUUAUCACGUCAACGCAGACCGUGGUGGCACCGCGCCGGUGAAAGGCAGAAAACCUGAUGAAAGCCGCUCAGAGGCCUUUUCCGGCAGUGCUACUGGCCCACAAGCAGUCAGCGGAGGUGUCACAUCGCGGGAACCGCUGGGCUGGAACCAAGGUUAUGGCCUGUCUUCUGCAAACUAUGGCUUUGGGCCAAAUGUCCGGAGCCCUGGUGGUACGUUCGAAGCGCCAGUAGAAGGUUUGUCAAAAAUCGAAGAAAUCCGGCCGGAACCGGAUUUUGAAGAACUGCCAGCAAGAGACGAUCAAGAACGUCAGGCCGGCGUACCCGGACGGAAGAGUUCAGACAGGGGCUAUGACCAGGACGUUGCUCCCGACUGGAUUGACAGCCUGCGCGGCAAAAAAGACAAGAAUGACGUCAAGUCAGAGCCUGAACCGGACAUCGAACGUGGUGAAAAACGGGAAAGGAAACCGGAGCUUUCACGGGAGCGGCUGGCGAGCGUUUCCGGCAAGAAAAGCUACAAGGCAGCGUUCUCGCGCGACAUAGACGUGAGGGGACGUAUAGUUGUUCUGAGUGUCGACGACGAAGCACUGUCUCAUGAUCUGGCAUUCGAUCUCGUUCGCAAGGCUGCGAAAAACGGGCGGACUUCGCUGGUUGUGGAAGUGUUCCCGGAUCAAUCCAAUGACCGGGCUGCCGAAGGAUUUUCUGACGUGGUGUCUGGGCGCAUGCCCUUUGCGAAGGUCGUUUACAAGGAUGCUGUGUCCAAGGCCCAUAUCAUCGAGGCCGGCAGGUACGAGAUAACGGACAGCAUGGUCAAUUCAGAUCGUUUCAAGCUUGCGCUUGAUGCCAUCAGAUCGACAUACGACGCGGUCGUGGUCGAUCUGGGAGCAAUCGACGGUUCGCUUGCCAGCGCGAGGAUGCUGAGUUUUGCCGACCGCGUGUUCAUUGCCGCAAGUGCCCCGGACCACAGUCAUGAACUUCAAAGUGCAGCCAAUCUUCUUGCGCACAAUACCGGGGCCCACGUCGAGGUGUUGAUUGCCGGUGAAACGAGCCCGGAUCCGCGCCGAAACGGCGAUGGUCACGCGGCCUGA